AUGAGCACAGCGACAAACUCGCCAGCCUCGCCGACGGCGCCCAAGAAGAAGGGCGAGCGCUCUGCAUGGACCAAGGAGCAGGUCGAGGCGCUCAAGCAUGCGGUCGCCGAGUUUGAAGCCACGCACCCGGUCGGCGCCGGCCGUGGCAAGUGGAAGACCAUUGCGACCAAGGUGCCCGGCCGUAACGAUGCGCAAUGUCGGCAGCGAUGGGAAGACUCGACCAAAGAAGGGCGCAAGGAAGGGGCAUGGACCAGCACCGAAGACAAUGCGCUCCGCAUGGCGGUGGAAGAAACCAAGCACGUGACGUGGCGGCGCUGGACGAUGGUAGCCGAGAGGAUUCCGCGGCGAACUGCCAAACAGUGCGAGUACCGGUACAAGAACCACCUCGCCCUUAAGAGCGGGCACAUGGCGGACUCGCACGGAACCAAUGCGCUGAGUUUCAUGGCCGAGGUCACCAUGGGCCAGAAAAAGCUGCAGCCGAAUGCGAUGAUGCCGCCGUACGCUGGGGCGCAAAACAGCUAUCUCAUGGAGGCACGCGCCAUGCCGCCGCAACAUCGCUACUACAUGCCGGCAGCCAUGCCGCCGAUCGGCGACGGGAACGUGAAGGAGUCGUUGACGACGGCGAUCCAGGCGUUGCAGCCGCUAUUGACCAAGACCGUCGUGGCCGCCUAUCCCAGUCACAUCUUGGACCUCGCCGUGCAGUGCAUUGCGGCCUUGCCGGCCGAGACAAGCGCGGUUGUUCGCGAAGUGCAAAAGCUGCGCUACGUUCUUGCCGAGCAAAUACCAUGCAGAGGGGGUGCGCCAUCGAUGCCGUAUGAACAGCCGUACCCACCGCCAAUGGUGCAACCGCUGCCGAUCGCGUCCAAGCCCGUAGCGCAACGACCAGGUACGGGCAACCCAGCCGCGUUCACGCCGAUCGAAGCCAUUGAUGCCCGGUACACGACCGUGCCCCACCCGACGCUCCCAGCGGUGACCCCGAACGGGGUCGAAGGCUGGCAGCUUCCACGCCCACCGAAGGAUCGGAUGCAAGCAUUGACCGAAGCUUCCACGACAGUGCCACCCACGCCGCCGGCUCCUACGGACCGGGUCCCGAGCAUCGACGGACGUCCAAAGCUGAAGUCCACGAGCCAGCCCGUGACAUUUGUAGUGACCGACCAAGUGACAGAGCCGCUACGCACGUCGUCGGAAUUGCCGCUCUCGACUCCGGGUAAGAACAACAAGCACGUCGGGCGCCAACCGACGACGUUCACAUUUCGCGCAUCCGAGUCGACCAACGGCAUUCGAGUGAUGCCAGCCAUCACGCCCGAGUGCCCGACCACAUAACCCGACACGACUGCACUUGCUCCCGCCGCCCAGCCCCCGCUCCGCCAGUCGGCGCAAACGAACGGCAGCGACGACAGCCUCGACGACGCCGCCGCGCCUCGGACCCUUUCCGAGCUGUCAUUUUGUACGACGACAUAAAAUACAGACGACAUAUAUGGUGUGGAUCGAGCA